GUCCCCCAGACCGUAGCAGUCGUAUGACGCGGCGACGCUUGUGGCGCGGCGCCGUGCGAUUGCGCUCGACCCUCUCUGCGGCGCCGCCCACACGCGUCGCUGCGCUGCGGCAGCUCGUCGCCGAGGAGUCGCCCAAUCUAUUUGCUUUUGCGGGCGGUGGCGGGCCGAGCGCAGGCGGCGCGGCGACGAGCAGCAGCGGCGCCGCCGCGCUGUCCGAGCGCGCCGUCGCGCUGGCGGCGGCGGCCGGGCCGGUGGAGCUCGACGCAGCGCCUCUCGCGGCCAGCCUGGACGACCGCUACGGCCGGCGCCACACGUACCUCCGCAUCUCGCUCACCGAGCGCUGCUCGCUGCGCUGCACGUACUGCAUGCCCGCGGACGGCGUGUCGCUCACGGACGCGCGGCGGCUCCUCUCGGCGGAGGAGCUGCUCCGCCUCGCCGCCCUCUUCGUCCGCGCCGGAGUCGACAAGAUCCGCCUCACGGGAGGCGAGCCGACGGUUCGGCCCGACCUGGCCGCAGUCGUCGGCGCGCUGGACGGGCUGAGGCCGCUCGGGCUGCGCCAGAUCGCGAUGACAACCAACGGUGUGGCGCUGUCGAGGCUGCUGCCCUCGCUGCACGCCGCCGGCCUCGACAAGCUCAACCUCUCGCUCGACACGCUGCAGCGGGGUCGAUUCCUCGAGCUGACGCGGCGCGACGCGCUGCCAAAGGUGCUGCGCGCGGUGGACGCGGCGCUGGCGCUGGGGUACACGCCGCUCAAGCUGAACUGCGUGGUGAUGCGCGGUGUGAACGAGCACGAGGUCGACGCCUUCGCCGCACUCGCGCGCGCGCGCCCCAUCGACGUCCGCUUCAUCGAGUUCAUGCCGUUUGACGACAACGACUGGUCCGACUCAAAGCUGGUCCCGUCCGCCGAGCUGCUCGCCGCGCUCUCGCAGCGCCAGCCGGGCCUGCGGCGCCUGCGGACGGACGCGCACGACGUGGCCCGCACCUACUCCUGGCCGGGCGCCGAGGGGUCCGUCUCCUUCAUCUCGUCAAUGACGGAGCCCUUCUGCGGCGGCUGCAACCGGCUCCGGCUGACCGCCGACGGAUCGCUCAAGGUGUGCCUGUUUGGCGGCUCCGAGAUCUCGCUGCGCGACGCGAUGCGGGAGGGGGCAAGCGACGCCCAGCUCCUCUCCCUCGUCUCCUCUGCCCUCGGCCGAAAGCACGCGCGCCACGCGGGCCUCGCGUCGCCGCACGACAUUGCGCGGACCAAGAACCGGCCGAUGACGACCAUCGGCGGCUAGAGCUCGGCAGCUUCUCGUCUGCGAUCUCGGCCGAUCUCCGUUGAGGGCCGCCCGCCGACUCUGCGCCGGCGCGUCGAGAGGCCGUCUGUCGAGGGUGGGAGUCCCCGGGCGUGGGGGUGUGGAGGGGAGUACCGGUAAUCGGGGAUAGUACUAGAGGCCCGUUGCCCAGGGGAGGAGUGCGCAGGCGUUGGCGGAUGGCGAGACGCUCGCACAGUCGCGCAGGCUGCCCCCCCUCGGGCAGCCACAAGCAUUGCCGCCCCUCGGUGUCCCCCUCACACCCCGCCGGCUCUGCUCGCGCGCGGGAGCGAUCGCGGACGUGUCUGGUUCUCGUUGACGCGUUGAAGAACACGGCGUUGUGU